UAGCCGUUAAUCACGUGUUCAGGUCAUCUAAAUAUUGUGAAGCUUCUGAUUCAAUCUGGAGCCAAGGCUGUUUUUGUGAAUAUGAACAGCGAGUUCAAGGAAUCUCCUCUAACAUUAGCAGCAUACAAAGGCUACACUGAUGUGAUUGAGUAUCUUCUUACACUCGACGACUACGACCGCUCUACGAGGGAUGAGGAGUUACAUACAGCUCUGAUGGAGGCUGCUAUGGAUGGACAUCUGGAGGUUGCUCGUGUUCUCAUACAAGCUGGUGCUCCGGUAAAUCUUACUAGCGAGUCGUACGAAAGCCCUCUAACGCUUUCGUAAGAAACUAAUGACGAAAACUAUACGCCAUUGAUGGAAGCAGCUAGGGAAGGCCAUGUGCAUGUGGUGAAAAUACUGCUUGAGAACGGCGCGCAGGUGAACGCGACUACUGACGAAACAAUGGAAACGGCGCUUACUGUCGCAGCUUGCGGUGGAUUUACGGAAGUGUUAGAUGUGCUGGUGAAGCAUGGAGGAGAUCUAGAACUAGGAACUAAUACACCCCUUAUGGAGGCUGCACAAGAAGGUCAUGCCUCGACUGUUAAUUAUAUACUUGCUGCUGUAAAGCCAGUAUGUUGA